AUGGAACGACUGACGACGACGCGCGCGGUGUGCGAUGACGCGCAGAUGCCGGCGACGCACGCGAACGCGAGCGGGGCGACGACGACGAGCGAGGGAUCCUCGACGACGACGGAUCUGUACGCGCGACUCAAGUCGCUUCAACGCGAACUGGAGCUGGUGGAGAUUCAAGAGGAGUACAUCAAGGAUGAACAAAAGAACUUGAAGAUUGAAUUGCUCAGGGCGCAGGAAGAGGUGAAGCGGAUACAGAGCGUGCCGUUGGUGAUUGGACAGUUUUUGGAGAUGGUGGACGCGGAGACGGGGAUCAUAUCGUCGACGACGGGGUCGAAUUAUUACGUGCGGAUUUUGUCGACGCUGAACCGGGAGCUGUUGAAACCGUCGAGCUCGGUGGCGUUGCACAGACAUUCGAACGCGCUGGUGGAGAUUUUACCUCCCGAGGCGGAUUCGUCGAUUUCUUUGUUGAGCGACGCGGAACGGCCGGAUGUGAAGUACAGCGACAUCGGGGGGGCGGAUGUGCAAAAGCAAGAGAUUCGCGAGGCGGUCGAGCUUCCGUUGACGCACUUCGAUUUGUAUAGGCAGAUUGGAAUCGAUCCACCGCGUGGGGUCUUGCUGUACGGACCACCCGGGACGGGGAAAACGAUGUUGGCCAAGGCGGUGGCGCACCACACCACGGCGGCGUUUAUUCGCGUCGUCGGGAGCGAGUUCGUGCAGAAGUACCUCGGCGAAGGGCCGAGAAUGGUGAGAGAUGUGUUUCGAUUGGCGAAGGAAAACGCCCCAGCGAUCAUCUUCAUCGACGAGGUCGAUUCCAUCGCGACUGCGCGUUUCGACGCGCACACCGGCGCGGAUCGUGAGGUGCAGCGUAUUUUGAUGGAGCUCUUGAACCAAAUGGACGGAUUCGAUCAAACGGUCAACGUCAAAGUAAUCAUGGCGACGAACCGUGCGGAUACCCUCGAUCCGGCGUUAUUGCGCCCCGGUCGUCUCGAUCGAAAGAUUGAGUGCCCGCAUCCCGAUCGUCGUCAAAAGCGUUUGGUGUUCCAGGUGUGCGUGAACAAGAUGAGCCUCAGCGACGAAGUAGAUUUGGAGGAUUACGUCAGUCGACCGGACAAGAUCUCCGCCGCGGACAUUCGCUCCAUCUGCCAAGAAGCCGGGUUGCAAGCCGUUCGGAAGAAUCGAUACGUGGUUUUACCGAAAGACUUUGAAGUCGCGUACAAGACGAACGUGCGCAAACCUGACAACGACUUUGAAUUUUACCGAUAG